AUGCCUCGUUUGCUUGGGCGUCUUACUUACCAGACUUGGUAUCUUUUCUCGUGCUUCAUUCUCGUCGCUUGUCGAAGUAUUGGAGGAGAUAUAUUCCCUGGAUUCCAAAUUUAUGAACUGGACAACCUCAAUGAUGUUGCGGGUCUGACCUCGGCUUGCAAAACAGCCCUUUCGCAAACAAUCCGGUGUCACCCUUUCCUGAAGACCUUCAAGUCUCAAAACGUUGGUAAGUACAUUGAUGAUGCCAUGGAGGCCGACAUGAUCUGCGCCCCUAGCUGUGGAGACAGCUUGAAGAGCUGGUUCGACAACGUCUCCACUAGCUGCAUCAACCAAACUCUUGGUUUCUCGAAACCAUCAAGAAAUGGGGGCUACAUAUAUGCCGGAUACAAUCAGACCUGUCAUAAAGAUCCAGAGACGGGACAGUACUGUCAAAGCAUCAUUAACGAGUACCCUACCGUCGCGAGUAUAAGGUCCAUGUCUACAGCAGAUAUGUGUUCUUACUGCUUUAAACAGAAAUACAUAAUGAUGCAGGCGAGCGCAUACACUGCCUAUGAUGUACGGGCUCAGGAGAACCUAGAGAUUAUCAACAAGGAGUGUGGGCUGAAUAAAUCAACGGAACUGCCAGAACCAUUGGUCAAGAUCCCUGACUCGUCGAAGCCGAUGUGUCUGACGGAUAUGACCUACAUUAUACGAGAAAAUGACACAUGCGAUACAAUUGCGCUGGAGUAUAGCGUCGCGUCGGCCGCCAUACAAGGUGGAAACUCAGAACUCAUCUACGACUGUUCCUAUUUGAUCGCCGGCCGAGAAAUCUGCAUCCCGUUGAGCUGCGAGAACAUAUACACCCUACAGGACAACGACACAUGCUUCUCUAUUGAGGAUUCAGGCCUCGUCAAGUAUGGCGGUGUGCGCAAGUUCAAUCCCUGGCUCGACGGCAACUGCUGGCAUCUCCAAUCCGCACGACAGAUCCGAGGCAGCGUCAUCUGUCUCUCACCCCAGGGAGGCACGUACGACGACAAUAAGUUCGUCAGCAAUGCGAGAAGUUCCGGUCCUCCUGCUAGUACAGGCUAUACUUCAGAGCCUAUUGGUCCGCCGGAAAAUGCCACUGUCGCCGAGGGCUCCGCCUGGUUCUGCGGACUAUACCACACUGUUACUGAGAGCUUUUCUUGGAUGCCAAUCCUUCGUUGUCACCAGACGACUGCGAUGGAAGUCUCGUAG